AUGGAUCGGGAAGAAGUUUGGGAUGGAGAAGAAGUUUGGAAUGGAGAAGAAUCUAUUGGAAUGGAGAAGAAUAUACUAAUUAAGGAAGCAGAAGAAGUUAAGGAGGAUGGAGAAGAAGUUAGGGAAGGAGAAAAAGUUAAGAAUGAAGAACAAGUUAGGGAAGGAGAAGAAGUUAAGGAUGGGGAACAAGUUAGGGAAGGAGAAGAAGAAGUUAAGGAUGGAGAAGAAGGAGACGAAGUCAAGGAAGAAGAAGAUUUGGAUGGAGAAGAAGUUAAGGAUAAAGAAGAAAGUAUGGAUGGGGAAGAAGUUUGGGAUGGAGAAGAAGUUUGGAAUGGAGAAGAAUCUACUAAGUAUGGAGAAGAAAUUAAGGAAGAAGAAGUUAAGGAAGGAGAAGAACUUUCGGAUGGGAUGGGAUGGGAUAGGAUAGGAUAG